GAAUCAAAGUCUGGACUCCAUUUUGUGAGAUGACGGUUUGAGAGUUUUUUUUGCUCGCUACAGAAAAAUGGAUUUCAAGUUUUUUCCAAAGGACUCCUUUAACUGUCCAGUGUGUUCGCACGUAUUGAGGGAUCCUGUUUCAAUCCCAUGUGGACACAGUUUUUGUAAUGGGUGCCUUAAAUCAUUCUGGGAUAAAAAUGAGAAGAAGGAAGACUACAAAUGUCCUGUCUGCACUUGUAUUUUCAAUCCCAGGCCUCAUCCUUACAGAAACCUCUUAGUUGCUGACUUAGUUGAGAACCUGAAGAGUGUGAUGAGCAGUCCUACUGAAGACAGAUCUGCUAAACCUGGAGACGUUGUCUGCGAUGUGUGUAUGGAGAAGAUCCAAAGAGCCAUCCUGUCUUGUUUGACAUGCAUGGCCUCCUACUGCGAGAGUCACGUCCAGCCUCACAGACAGUCUGAAGCUCUAAAGAGACACAAACUUGUGGGGCCGAUUGACGAUCUGCAGCAGAGAAUCUGCUCAAGCCACCAGAAACCUCUGGAGUUCUUCUGCAAGAAAGACUGUAUGUUUACGUGCUCUCUUUGUGUUGUGACCAAACACAGUGGACAUGAACAGGAACUGGCUGAGGAUCAGAAGAUGACUUCUCAGAAAGUUUUACAAAAAUCACCAGUAGAAGACACCAAUUCAGCUGAAGGAAGAGAAAAAGAAUUGCGAAUUGUGCUCCUUGGAAGAAGUGGAACUGGAAAAAGUGCAGUUGGAAAUCGAAUCUUGGGAAGAGACGUGUUCAGAGCAGAAUACAACAGUGCAUCGGUUACCGUAAAGUGUGAAAAGAGAAGUGCAGAGAUCGAUAAAUGGCGUGUUACUGUGAUUGACACGCCAGGCUUCUUUAACCCACGUUUCUCGAACGAGAAGGUUUCACAAGAAGUCCAAAGAUGCAUUGAAAUGUCUUCACCGGGCCCUCAUGUGUUUCUUGUGGUUGUCAAGAUUCCUCAUUUUACUGAACAAGACAGAGAAAUACUGAGCAAAGUUCAAAAACUAUUUGGUGAGAAGAUAACUAGCCACAUUCUGAUCAUUUUCAGUCAUGGAGAUCGUUUGAAGGUCACCAUCGAAGAAUUCAUUAAGAGUAAGGAAGGCCUAGAAACUCUUAUUAAGCAAUGUAACGACAAAUAUCAUGUCUUCAACAAUAAAACAAUAGGCUACCCAGAGACACUGAACUUUUAUAGAAUAAUCGAUCAGAUAAUGCUGCAGAAUGGCGGUCGCUGCUACAAUGAAAUGAAUGAAGAUGAGGAGGAAAACGUCCACAUGCCCAAAAUACUUCAAAAGAGAAGAAGCAGCAUAGAAACACCACCGGGAACUUUUGUGAUGGAUGCUUUGUGCAGCAUUGGGAUGACAAGGACCAGAAAUUCUACUCCUGCCCGGUGUGCAAAAAAGUUUGCACAACCACCUGACGUCUAUACAAGGAGUACAAUUGACGAAUGCCUACAGAAAAUGAAGAAGACAACAAUCCAUCCUGCGGAACAAAGUGAUGUCCAAGACCAGGAGGCGACCUGUGAUUUAUGUGAUGCAGUAAAAGUUAAAGCCGUCCAGUCCUGUCUGACCUGCAUGGUCUCUUACUGUGAGACUCACAUUCAGCUGCACAGGGAGAAUGAAGCUUUCAGAAUGCACAGACUUGACAGGCCAACUACAAAUCUGCAGCAGAUGGUUUGUGUUGAUCACAAGAAACCUCUGGAUCUUUUCUGUAAAAGUGAUGAAAAGUUUAUCUGUUCAGAAUGCUUGGUUACUAAGCACAUCGGGCACAAGAUGGAGGUGGCCAGCCGGCAGAGUUUUACACCUAUAAAGGUCUCCAAGACUGCAGCUCAGGAAGGUACUAACGCACAGCUCAGGAUUAUGCUCCUUGGUAAAAGUGGAGUUGGAAAAAGUGCAGCAGGUAACACAAUCCUCGGCAAAGAAAUAUUCACAGCCGAUUCAAAUGGUGACUCCGCUACAACUGAUUGUGAGAUACAAGAUACAAAAAUAGACAGAUGCCAUGUAGUUGUGACUGACACUCCUGGAUUUUUCAACACACGCCUAACGAUGGGUGAAGUCAUUAGCAAAAUCAGAGAGUGUAUUCAUACCUCUUCUGGGCCCCAUGUGUUUCUAGUGGUGGUAGAGAUUGGCAAUUUUAAUUGUGAUGACCAACAAAUGGUAGAGAUCAUAAAAAAUAUGUUGGGUGAGAAAGUUACCAAACACAUGAUGGUCCUAUUUACCCAUGGAGAAAACCUGAGAGACAAAAACAUUAAGCAAUUUGUGAAAAGUGGCAAUAAGGAUCUCAAGAACCUGCUCCAGAUGUGCAACUACAGAUAUCAUGUGUUCAACGACACAACAAUCCGAUACCCGCUGGCAUUAGAACUGUUCAGAAAAAUUGAUCAGAUGAUGGUAGAGAUUGGAGGACGAUGCUACACAGAUGAACGAAAACAGGACAAAAAAGUGAAGAAGGAACCUCCUCAAGAAAAAAAGAUGCUAUGUGCCCCAAAUCAGCCAGACAAGUCUGAUGGAGAAGAGCCUGAAAAAGAGCCCGAAUCUGAAAGAGAUGAUGACGUCAAUAUCUCUAAGCACCAAAGAAAAAACAGCAUGGACGAUUCCCAACCAAACAGUCCUAACUCAGACUCUGAGAUAAGAGUUGUACUACUUGGAAAGAGUGGAGUUGGGAAGACUUUUGCCUGCAACACUAUCCUGGGGAGAAAAGGUUUCAGAGAUGAAUCAGGAACUAGAAGAUGUGAGAAAAGGGAAACAAUGAUUGAUGGCUGCCCUGUUGUUGUAAUUGACACCCCUUCCUUCUUUAGUACACAAAUUCCUCAGGCAACUUUCGUUAACGACGUUAGAAGGUGUAUGGAACUGUCUUAUCCGGGGCCACAUGUGUUUUUAACUGUGGUGGAGAUUGGCAAUUUUAAUGAAAGAGAUAGUGAAAUGAUAAAGAUGAUCUCAGAUAUUUUUGGCAGGAAAGUUUAUGAACACAUGAUGGUCCUUUUCACUCAUGGAGAAAAUCUGGGAUUCAAGAGCAUCAAGAGGUUUGUUCAAGAAGCCAAAGGGGAUCUCAAGAAGUUGCUCAGCAUGUGUAACUACAGGUAUCAUGUCUUUAGUGACUCAGCAAUACGUUACGGGAUGACAAUAGAAUUGUUUAAGAAGUUUGACUGGCUGAUUCUGGAGAAUGGUGCUCGAUGUUACAGAGAUGAACGCAAGCAGGUAAAGAAGACAAAGGAGGCUGUUGAGAACAUGAGUGUACCCUUUGUUGCUAAUGAGUCUGAGGAAUCAAAUCUCAACAAAUCAAAUGGUCUUCUUGAGGAUGAAGGUGUAAACCCUCAAAGAAAGAAGAAAGGCAACCCUCAAGAAAGAAGAAGCAGCUUUGAUGGAGUAAUACCAGACUUGUCUGGGCUGGCUGUAUCUUGAUAUUAUACACGUUUAGGCUAAUAUGAGCAAGAGGAGAACUCCCAAUAUGUCUUAAUGUUCAGCAUGGAUGGAACUCUUUUAGGUAUUUUCCUGCUAAGAACAAUGCAAUAGACUUUUUUUUAUGCUGUUUAUUUACAUAUUAUGACUAACACAAUCAUUACCUAAGAACGCUGAGGAGAGCCAUACAGAUUUUGAAGAGGAAAACCUGCUGAAUGGAUGAUGGACUUGCUAGAAUGUGUCAAUCACAUACAACUGAAGGAACUAAGAAGUGUAUACUUUGAGGUAUUUGUUUACAUGAUGCUAUAAUGGACAACAUGUAUGGCUAGUGUCCUUGCCGGGAUUGGCCCCAGUUUCUUAACCGACCAGAAGACCAAUGCGAUGGAAAGUUCAAGGGAGGCUCCAUUUCAAGGCUAUAUGCUCCACCAACCCACUAGAUUGCAGCAUCCCUGGGCUUUGGUACCCAUUCAACACCCACAAGAAAUGCUGGAAAUCCAUGGGUGCCACUAGGGGGUGCUGCAGGGAGUUAUACUCCCUAUUUCUUUCGAAUUCUGUAUGACCCGAAAGGAGGAGUAGCAGUGAAGAGGACAAAAGGACUAGUAUUUAUAUUUGAUGUAUGGAGGUAUUUCUUUAAAAUAAAACUCUUUGUUUGAACCCGGAA